UUGGCAUUCUGGCACCUUACAAGGUAGACAUUGGGUUUUUUCGGCACUCCAGCCAAAAACGUUGCCUACCUCUGAUCUAGAGUUUAGAGGAGAUAGAGUAACAUGUACUCCUCCUAAGUCCUGACAAGGCCCCUCAACCUGGUCACCUCUCCACUCAAAUGACUGGGAGUGGACACUGGCAGCUCCCUGCUACAGGGAAACAAGCAUCUUAUUACCCUUCUUCCUUGUGUGAAGAAACUGCUGAAAUACUGUUGUGGGUAGCAAAGCCUCAGAGGAAAAAGAAACUUAAAGAUUUUGGUGAUGGAAUGGAAUCUUCUGGACCCUGAGAUCCACAGAAGUACCUAACAAACUGUAUCUAGCAACACAAAGGAGCUGGAAGUAGACUUCUUGUUAACUGAAAGGUAAGAAUUUCAUUGAGUUUGGUAUAUUAAACUAUAUUUUCAGUUAGUCUAUUUUUAUAAUGUAUGUAAUUCAGAAUGGAGUUCCUGCCAAUCUGAUGGUUUCUGAGUAAAUCACCCUCUACCCUUACCUUAGCAGAGAGGUGAGGUCUGAGGGAAGGGGUGGUUUACAGUUAGCUUACUGAAGAGGGCUCCCCCCUCCAUCAAUUACUAAAUUUUUCAAAUGCUGUAACUUAGUGUUUAUAUAUGUAACUUAGCUAUUCCAUUACAUUUUUUUCUCCCUCAGUAACAUGGUGCAUCCAUCUUCUAACAUAUGGAAGCAUUUCCACACAGCAACUACAAGUUAUUCAGGAAAAAACCUGUGUUUUGCAAAUACUGUCAAUUAAAUGUGCAUUUCCAAGUGCUACCAGGAUGACCAACCACAUCUUUGCAUGUAUGAAGUGCCCUGCAGACUUAAAAAAAAUCCUUCAUGAGUGUGAAUGAGGUAGAUCAUGAUGAUAAUAGAAGUAGCACUUGCAAACGUUCUUGAUCCAGAAGUGCUCCUGCUUCUUCAGUAACAUCAGCAUCACAAAGCAUUACUCAGUCAACAUCAUCAGGUCUAUACUAUCAACUUGGAAUCUCGCUAUUUGCUAAUACAGGGAGUUCCUGCAUUGGGUGUUAUGAAGGAAUUAGUUGAACAGUUUGCAUUAUAUGGUGCUAUUGAAGAAUACAAUGCUCUAGAUGAGUAUCCAGCAGAACAAUUUACAGAAGUUUAUCUCAUCAAAUUCCAAAAGUUACAGAACGCAAGAGUGGCCAAGAAAAAAAUGGAUGAACGGAAUUUCUUUGGUAGCUUGCUCCACGUGUGUUAUGCUCCAGAAUUUGAAACAGUCCAAGAAACUAGGGAGAAGUUACAAGACAGAAGAAAGUAUAUAGCAAAAGCAACAAGUAGUAAAGAUCAUUUUUCAAAGAUGCCACAGGGGCCUAAAAGGACUGUCUCAAAUAACUUGGAGUAUGACUUUCAGUCGCCAACCUCAGGAUUCUGUGCUGCUGAUACAACCAUUGGCAACUGGGAUCCAUCUGGAAAAGCAUGUUUUCCAGACUUUUACAAGACAUUACAUUGUGACUUCUCUGCAGGGAACAUAGCACAUUCUUCAGGAUAUCACUCUCAGAGUCAUUUGGCAUUCCCUCAGUGUGUCCAUUACAGUAAUAAAGCUUAUGAGUGUUUUAGCUACAAUCCAUCUCUGAAGCCAACCAUACAGCAGGGAGGACAUAAACAUGCAUCUGUUUCUCCUGCACUGCAAAGAACUUUUGAUAAUGGAAUUGAUAGAUUUAUGCCACGGACAACUCAGCUGGAAGAGCGGAAGAGAAAAAGAGACGAAGGCAAUAAACUUGGAAUAAUUGGGACAAAUUCAGAUAGUAAUGAAGUUGUUAUUGGACCCCAGCUGCCAGAAAUGCCCAAAGUGGAUAUGGAGGAUGAUUCCUUGAAUACUUCAGCAAGCUUAAUUCGAAAUAAACUUCAAGAGGUGGCAGCUUCCGUUCCAGAAACUUUGAAGGAAAACCCACAGGACAUUCAAACAAAGCCACUUGUAAAACAGAGAAGAAGAAUAUAAAUGUUCACUCUUUUUUAAAGGAUACAGUUUCAGUUAUUUAUUUUUCUAAUGUAACAGAUAAAAAUAAACUAUAUUUCAAAAUGA